AUGGCUACCAGACCUACGACAGCCCGCAGCGAGAUUUCCUCAGCCAUUUCAGAAGAUGGGUAUGGUUCAAGACCGCAGUCCGGGGCGACGCCGCUUCCUGCUCUACCAAAUCCGCCGAGUUCGCAGCACGGAUAUGCUCACCUGAGAGGCAUCACCCAGCCGACGAAUCGAUCAGCGAGGAGUAAUCCUGCGCCAUCAAGCAACACUGGAUCCAGCAGACCGCAAAGUCCUGUCAGUCAGGGCAGCCGAACUCAUGUUCCUUCGUUGACUGCGCAAGGCUUUUUCAAGCCAAUGAGCUCUCAAAGACUACAGGCGCAACGAUUGAGAAGACCAUUGGGUGCGAAGAGUAUGCAGCCUCCGGCACCUAUCCCUGAUGGAGAUGGAGACGAUGAUACCCGCAGCAUGGCAUCUAGUAGACAGGGUCCAUGUCACGCAUUGCCCAAGAAUCACCGUCCAACGCAGUCUAUCACCACCGACUACACCCAGUCAGAAGUUCCCGACAUUGUUGAUGCUCAGUUUGCAGAUUACAGUCCUCACAAUGACGUCGAAAGUCAGCCUGCCAGCGAGCCUGAAGCCCAGGGGCCCCAGCGACCGUCUCGUCUCAACAUAGCAAGCGCUCACAGGUCCGGCGACCCGCUUCAGAAAUCACCUCUCUCAUUUCGCUCGGGACUGAGUCUGGGAAGUAAGCACCGAUUUGAAGCUGGACACCAGCAUCUCUCCUCAAAUGCGACUUCUCCGCGGUAUCCGCAAGACACCAACACCGAAAUUGCGACCAAGAGUGCUUUGGGUAAGAACUAUGAGUAUUUCGAGGGCAAUACGAUCUUUUGGUUGGGUGGUCGAAUUCAAAAUGCGAGAGACCGGCCCAUUAACAUAGCGACUGGCGUGCUAUUGGUUCUUCCAGCGGUUUUGUUCUUUGUAUUCUCGGCCUCAUGGUUGUGGCAUCACGUGUCUCCAGCGAUACCUAUCAUUUUCGCCUAUAUCUUUUUCCUUUGUUUGUCUUCUUUCGUUCAUGCGUCGCUCGUUGACCCUGGGAUUUUUCCUCGCAACAUUCAUCCCUUUCCACCCCAGGAGACUGAUGACCCGCUGGCCAUUGGUCCGCCCACCAACGACUGGAUCAUGGUACGACUCGCGACAUCGCAGACAGCAGCGAUGGAUAUUCCGGUGAAGUACUGCAAGACUUGCAACAUUUGGCGGCCACCACGCUGCUAUCAUUGCCGAGUUUGCGACAACUGUGUCGAAAACCUGGAUCACCAUUGUGUUUGGCUGAACAAUUGCGUGGGGAGACGCAACUACCGCUACUUUUUCACCUUCGUCAGCACAGGGACGAUAUUGGCUCUUUUGCUGGCGUUUGCUAGUCUAGGUCAAGUUAUCGCCUACCAUGACCAGAACCAUGUGUCAUUUUCGACGGCGAUUGACAAGAACCGGGUUCCGUUUGCCAUGUUCAUCUAUGGCCUGUUGGCGUUUCCAUACCCUUUUGCUCUUUGGAUCUAUCACCUGCUGCUUGCUGGGAAGGGCGAGACAACUAGAGAGUAUCUCGCUUCCCGCAGAUUUCCCAAAGCGGAGCGACAUCGACCGUUCAGUCAGGGCAACUUCAUCAAGAAUUGGAUUGCUGUCCUUGCUCGACCGAAGACCCCGAUAUAUCUUCACUUCAAAAAGAAAUAUGAGGAGGGUGACCAGCGUUUCGGCACAACAAGGGGCCGGCGGCCAGACCAUCUGACUUCGGAGGCACAAAACGGAGGACUGGAGAUGAAACCGGUUCAGGGCGCACAGAAGUCGUUUGAAGGGCCGACGGGAAAGAAGAUUCCGAAGCAGUAG